AUGUCAUCCGGACUCCCUUUAAGGCUUCUUUGCCACGACAACGGCAACUUCUUCGUCGUCGACCCUGUUGCUCACCAUGUGACAAGCUUCGACAUCCUCUCCUACACCUGGGGCGCCGAGGUGGAGCCGUACAACUGCCGACUUGGCGGCGUCACCUGGAAUGUCAAGAUAAAUCCCGACAAGCUGGAAGACAUCAAGAGACUGAUGAUGGCGGCUGACAUCAAGUAUGUCUGGGCCGACUGUGUGUGCAUAAAUCAGACAGACGAGAAUGAGAAGGCGAUGGAAAUCCCAAAGAUGUUUGAGUACUACAGGAGCGCCGAGAGAUGUCACCUCCUUCUCGACAUGGAGGAGGAGUGGAUCCCGCAGAAGAUUGUCGACGACCUCAAGUUCAUUGAUCACGUCCUGUAUCACAUGCGCGGUGCGGCACUCGCCUCUGAGGCCGUCGGGCUAACCGACAACCUUAUCAACCGCCUGGAUCAGUGGGCCAACACGGAAUGGAACUUCGAAAUAGGCCAGUCGACCGUGAGGUCUGCCGCAAUCGACAUGGGCGUCCUAAACUGCUACUCAACAUGCAUCAACCGUGUCAUAUCGCUCUUCGACAAUGCGUACUUCUCUCGGGUCUGGACGUUCCAGGAGAUGAUUCUCGGCAAGAACAUAACCAUGUGGGGGAUCAACCCCACGAGUAUCUUCUACAUCGGUCAGCUCCAUACCUGGAUGGACCUGGCCAUCGACUGCACCGACAAGGCGGUCAAGUUGCGCGAUUGGAUAGAGAACGGUCGGUUUCUCAAGACGGCAGCGGUCAGCGCCAUACUGAGGGUCAUUGUGGAGGAUAUUCUGUCCCUCGUCAGCCUGCAGACCCAGGUCACGGGGAUCAACAGCGCAAGAACCGACAUCAUCAAUGGUGGUUCCUACUGGUGGCGAGAGAACUACAAGGGGAUAAGCAACAUCUUCUCCGCCAUAUCCAUCAAGCCACGAAAGUGUGGGCACACUGCCGACAUCUUCAGGGGCCUACUGGGCAUCUUCAGUGGGCUGUUCACCAAAGAUGAGGUGAAUACGCAACUGUCAGGAAGCGACAUCAAAGUCAUCUCGUUCAACUUCUUCAAGAGACUGUCUACUGAGACCGGGUUGGCAUGGACUAGACUUGGUGUAACUAGCAAGGCAAGAGAGGGCGGAUGGAAUUGGAUUCCAGUAGUGGAAAGCGACAACCAGAUCAUGACGACUGACUGCUUCGCCGGGGUCCUCAACCUGGGCAGGCUCAAGAAGGAAGGGCGGGCCAAAGCACCGGCUAUGACAGGUCUCAUCGGAACUCCGCGGAAGUUCAUCAAGAUCCGACUAAGCCAGGGAAAUGGAGAUUUUCAGUUCAUCUUCAAAGGUUGCAACUGUGGCAAGAAGCUCAAGACUGGCGUCUUUUCAAGUGAGCGCAUACCCACUUACGACCAGCCCAGAGACGUGGUCAAGGACGAGACAGGCCGGACCCUGGUGCAAUGCGCCACCAUCCUGGGAGCCAUCAUGGACCCGGGGCGAGGCAAUCUAGUCGAGUAUCGGAGGAGGUUGCUCAGAAAGCUGCAGCCAAUGUGGGAUACCACGGAUCCCAUGGCGAAACCCGUGGGGUGGGAAGACCGGUCUGUCAGCGGCACGUUCUGGGAGAAUCCAAACAUCAUCGGCUUCCGGGCGCAUAAUCUAUCGAUGAACUACAGGAUGGUCUCGAUAACGAAAUGCGGUUCGCGCCUUGCAAAUGGAAGCACGGCGAGCAUCAAAUGCCACGUCAGUGUCAACUGCGGAUGCACCAUAGUUGCCCCAUUCGCCCUCAUCUUCGAAGCUAUAACUGCUGUGGAGCAAAGCUCCCUUGGUGGAACGGCUGUGACAUCGGACGAUGACGGCAGAAUAGUCUUGCAAGAUGGGCUGGGGCUGGUGCAAGUCGGGGACGUCGACAAGGCAUUCGACCUGAUAGCUUUCUCGGGUGAUAUACACGCCCACAGGUUGUAUGCUGCCAGCUGCAGAAAGAAGAAGGAGAACGAGCCUAUUGGUUAUGGGGUGCCUCUGCCCAGUGGCAGGGCUCUCGUGAGAGAGGAGUUUACCCACGACGUUACCGACAUGAUGAGGGAUUAUGGGUACGUGCAUACUAGGGGGUCUGGAAAUUUGCUCUUGUCUAGGAAACAUCUCCUCGAUCCGUACAAGAUCGUUGGCGUCUGCAUCGAUGAGUUUAUCCCGAACAAGAAAGGAGAAGGGCUAGUCACGAUUCAAUAG